AUGGCCACCGAUGCGCCUUGGCAAGCCAUUGCACUACGAAAACAGGCACAACGACAGUCCAGGAUUCCCUCCGCCUGGCUCCUCAAAACGCCUCCGUUAACUUCCACCCUCGACGUCCGUUUCAUUCCUGGAACUAGUGGUAUCCUGGACUCUCAUGAACUCUUCAUAACCGAAAACUACGAUGCCACAUCAUUGGCAGAUGCUAUUCGAUCUCACCAGCUCACAGCAGAGGAAGUCACAAUUGCGUUCUGCAAACGGGCUGCUAUAGCACAACAAGUUUGCAAUUGCUUGACAGAAAUCUUCUUCGACAAGGCAAUUGAGCGAGCAAGGCUCCUAGAUAAAGAAUAUGAAAGAACAGGAAAGACCUUAGGUCCAUUACAUGGCGUGCCAGUAUCACUGAAAGAUUCUUUCAAUGUCGUUGGCUUUGAUUCGUCCAUUGGGAUUGCAAGUUUGACAGGGAAACCUGCAAAGGAGAAUGCUUUACUUGUCGAUAUUCUUCUAGAACAAGGGGCAGUGCUGUAUUGCAAAACGAAUAUCCCCCAAACGCUUAUGGCCCUGGACUCGGAUAACAACGUUUUUGGAAGAGUGCUGAAUCCGAGGAAUAAGUUGGCGACUGCUGGUGGAAGCUCAGGUGGCGAGGGCGCGUUGGUGGCGAUGAGAGGGAGUGUUUUGGGAGUCGGUACCGAUGUUGGAGGUAGUAUUCGGAUUCCUGCUAUGUGUGGCGGACUGUACGGGAUUAAGCCAAGCGCGGAGAGAAUUCCUUACGUGGGGCAGGAGAAUGGGAGUAGGAAGGGAGCAAGCAACAUUGGUUUGCCCGCCAGCGCGGGCCCCAUCGCUGUGAGCUUGAGGGAUUGCGAACUGUUUCUGAAAACUGUCUCCGACGCCAGGCCAUGGGAACGAGAUCCAAGUCUUGCAUAUGGAUUAUGGUCAGAGCAAGGCUCAAUCGAGAGGCAGCCAUUGCUCGGAGUCAUCAGACAGGACGGCGUGAUCACACCUCUCCCACCAGUUAGCAAGGCACUGGAUGAGACAGUAAAAUCUCUCCGCAAUUCCGGUCUCGAAGUCAUCGAAAUCGAUGCCCCUGCCUUCAAAAAGUGCCAGUCACUAGCAAACAAAUUCUUUGGCAUUGACGGUGGAAACCACAUGUUCGAUCUCCUGGAGGCUACCAAAGAACCCCUGACUACCUGGCUCAGCACACGCCUGCGCCGCGGAACACCCAUUUCUCUUGACAGACUCGUCGAUAUCCAUGCGCAGAAGGUGGAGCUUGAGACAGAGAUGCUGAAGGUAUGGCGAGAUCCGAGGACGGGAAGGCAAAUCGAUGCAUUUAUCUGCCCUGUUGCACCGCAUCCCGUACCGCCCAUCGAUCGUUGGAAUGGUGUUAGUUACACAAGUAGUUUUGUACUGUUGGACUACCCAGCGGGCACGUUACCUGUUAGGGACUUCAGUGAGGAGGAUUUGAACUGUGUGUUGAGUAACAGUAAGCCUUUAGGCAGCUGGGAUAAGAUUAACAGAGAGUUGUGGGACGAAAAGACCGUCGAUAGGAGGAUCUACCUUAAUACCACAUUAUCUGUUCAAGUCGUGGCGCCCAAACUGCAGGAAAGACGAUUAUAUCAAGCCAUGUCACUCAUCGAUAGUAUCCUUCAAAUGAAGUCCAUCGGAAGAGCGAAGCUUUGA